UUUAUUAAUAAGUCAGUCAUUUAUCAUUUGGUAUUUAAAAAGACGUUUCAUUGGCAAAUUUAUUUGCAAAUAAUUACAAAUCGCAACUAAGUUCACAACACUAAAGUUGACCGGCGCAAAAAGCAAUAUGGCGUCGGUUCUAAUUGACAGCUAAGUUAUAUUGUGAUACCAAAAAAUUCUUUAUGCAUUUGUAAAACAAAACUAAGUGUUAAAAUAUAUUUAAAAUGGAUGUCCCACAGCCUCCUCGAGACGCAAGUCUUCGAAAUAUAAUAGAUAAACUAGCAGAGUUCGUUGCACGAAAUGGACCAGAAUUUGAAAUGAUUACUAAACAAAAACAGCAAAACAAUCCAAAAUUUGAAUUUCUAUAUGGUGGGGAAUUUGCUGGUUAUUAUCAGUACAGAGUCGCCACGGAACAAUCUUAUCUUAAACAACAAGGAGGAAAUUCUCAAGGUAUUGCAAAUCAGGUACAACACGCCAGUGCACAGUCAUCAAUGCAUUUUACACAAGGUCCGCCCCCUGUUCAUCAUCAACAACAACCUGCUCCUAACCUGCAUGACAACUCUUACAUAAAUCAACCACCGCCUAAUCAUUUAUGGAAUAAUUCCGGCAAUAAUCCCACAAUACCACAGUCGAAUGGAAAUAAUAUGGCAAUGGGUUUGCAAUCACAAAUUGAGUCAAUAAAUAUGCAACAAAGUACAUUGCGCGAUCAGAUUCAUCAAUCGGAGUCAAAUCUAUCAGCUCAACAUUCGGCUUUGAUGAGUCAACAGAAAAAACAAAUUGAAGAAGCCAUUGAGGCGGCACAAAAUACUCAAUUGGAAAUGCAGGCUGAUGAGAACGGAAUUUCUCUGCGAGAUUUUGAUAGUAUACUUCAACCAAUCAUCGAAUCCUGCACCAAGGAUAGCAUCUCAGCAGGCAAAAACUGGAUUUUACAGCACUCAUCCGACAACGCUAAAAACAAUGUCGUUUUACAAUAUCUUUUAAAAAAGGCAUUGCUUAAUGGUUCAACGUUUCAACAAAAAUUGCACCUUAUAUAUUUAAUAAAUGAUAUUUUACAUCACUGUGUAAGAAAGAAUGCAAACGACCUGAAGAAUUGCCUGGAGAAUGUGGUUAUUCCAAUGUUUUGUAGCGCUGAUUUAAUUGCAAGUCCUGAGCAGCGUUCAAAGCUAACCAAACUGCUAUCACUCUGGGAGUCCAAAGCAAAAUUCUUUGAUGCAUGCGUAAUAUCUAAGCUGCAGUCUCCGGACUCAUCUAUGCAGGAAUAUAAGACCAAUCUACAGAAUUUACAUCACGAUACAGUGUAUAAAUAUACAAAGACAACAAAAUCUACACUUGAUAACUAUCAGCAACAACAUCAAAUUUUCAUACAGCAUGCUACACAACAAAUAACACAACUUGAGCAACAGAAACAACAAUUGGAGCAACAAAUGCUGUCUUCUGUGCACCCAACUGGAAAUAUUUUACCGAACACAUCGGUAUUACCACCACAACCAAGUCAAAUUCCACAAAAUCACCAACAUCAUCAUCAGCAGCAACAGCAGCAGCAACAACAACAACAACAACAACAGCAACAACAACAACAGCAGCAACAGCAACCACCACCACCACAACAGCAACAAAUACAAAGCAGUAAAAUUCCUUCACUGAUGUCGCAAAAAAUUACAAUGCCCGAUAUAAAUGAUUCCGACCAUAUGCAACCACCUGGUGUUGAUGAGAAUAAUUUUAUGGGGAACAAUUCAAUGUUUUCGCAUCAACAGCAACAAAAUAUGUUUAAUACAAAUAACUGUUAUCCUCAGCAACAAAUGCAUAAUUCGCAACAGCAAUCCACGCCAACUGGACAGCACAAUAAUAAUUUUAAUACUGAAACGAUGCCACAAGCAACAAACAAUUUCUUCAUUCCCGAUCUAUCAAAACCGCCGCCUGGUUUUAUGGGAGGCAAAAGUGGAUCACUGCCGCCGAUUCUCCAACAAUUUGCAAAAAUGUCGAACAUUCCUCAAAGUACAGAAAAUUUAAAUUCUGGCUCGAAUGAAGGUUCAAUGGUGGCGCAGAAUUUAAAUAUUGAUAUUAUGACUUUAAAUGCAGCACUACAAAUUGUUCAACAGCAACAACACUUGCAGAAUCAACAAUCAUCAGAGGACCAAAUAGUAAGCAAUGAUAAUCAGGACCUUAUAGGCAAUGAACUCAUACCACCACCACCACCUCAAAUACCAAUGGAAGAUAGUCAAAAUCCUACAGCCGCAUAUUAUGAUUUACCAGCUGGCUUAUUGGUCCCACUUAUACGGCUCGAGGAUUAUAAUUACAAAUCUCUCGAUCCAUCUGAAAUUCGUGUACCAACACCACAACCAACUAAUGAACGACUACUGAAUGCCAUGGCAGCGUUUUAUGCACCCCCAACGCACGAUCGACCCAGAGACACUGAAGGUUGGGAAAAAUUAGGCCUCUACGAAUAUUACAAAGUUAAGAAUGCAGCCAAAAAGCUAAAAGAAGAAGAAAUUAAAAAUGGUCAACGUGAAAAAUCUCGUUCACCCACUCCCAUUUUAAUUGAACGACCGAAACCCAAAAAAGUUAAUAAACGUUGCUAUCGUUCUAAGAGCCGUAGUCGAUCUCGAUCGCUUUCACGUUCUAAAUCACCUCCUGCUCGAUUUAGAGAAAGAGAGCGGGAGAAAGAAAAAGACAGAGAAAGAGAUAGGGAGCGGGACAGGGAUAGAGAUCGAGAAAGAGAGAGGGACAGAGAUCGUGAAGGUCGUUCAGGAAAUCGAAAUAAUCGUUACAACAGAAACCGCUCACCACGCCGAUCACCCACGUCGCGUGAACGUAAUAAUAGUACUAGAAAAGAGCGAGAGAGAUCGGUCACUCCUCCAAGCUUUGCCAAUAGCAGUGUCGCCAAAUCAAAUGAGUUCAUUGAAGAGUCAAAUAAGGGACAUCAAAUGCUAAUGAAAAUGGGUUGGGCGGGAACAGGUUUAGGAACAAAUAAUCAAGGAAUUGAACAACCGAUAUCUGCUGGUGAAGUUAGAGAUCGGAAGGAUUUGUAUAAAGGACUUGGUGUCAGUUUGAAUGAUCCAUUUGAAAAUUUCCGAAAAAAUAAAGGAGCUGCUUUUGUACAUCGUAUGCGUACGCGAGAUGAUAAGAGUUAAAUAGUUUAUAUGUUAAACAUUGUGGAAUUCAAAAUUUAAUAGGUAUUAAUAAAAUAUGAUUCAAACAUGUUUUAAAUUGCG